AUCUGUCACCCAUUUUACAUUCAAGUGUGGAACUACCGUGUACUGUUUCUUUACCAAGGGAAUUUGCCAUAACCUUAUAAAUUCAACCCCUGAGUGCCUCCAAUCCAUCUAAAAGUACCAAACCUUUGUCCUUCAUUCUCAGUUCGCUUCUUUUUCUGUUUUCCUCGUCUUCAAAAGAACAAGAACAAAAGUUAACCAAACAGUACUGACACAGAAGACUACUCCUUUAAGAUCAAGAUCCCUUUUGUUCUUCAAGAAAAAAGCCUUGAUCUUUGAUCAUUCAUUGGUCUUUUUUGAUCUUUUUCCGUUCAUAGUUCCUAAUGGUGAAGUCUGAGCAAAAGAUCCAAUCAGGGACAUCAAAGGCAAUGGCAAAAACAUCAUCAUCAGCAGCAGCAGCAGCAACAGCAGCAAGCAAGAAGAAGUACAAGGGAGUGAGGAUGAGAAGUUGGGGCUCAUGGGUUUCAGAGAUAAGAGCACCAAAUCAGAAAACAAGAAUAUGGUUAGGUUCUUAUUCUACUGCUGAAGCUGCUGCUAGAGCCUAUGAUGCGGCACUUUUAUGCCUCAAAGGCUCAUCAGCUAAUCUCAACUUCCCUAUCACUUCUUCUCAUUACAUUCCUGACACUGUUAUGUCCCCUAAGUCCAUUCAAAGAGUGGCUGCAGCUGCUGCAAAUAGCUUUGUGGACAAUGCCACCACAAUCACCACCACCACCACUGCCGCCACGUCCUCUACGUCCACCACCCCAUCAGUAUCAUCAACACCUCUUCCCUCAUCCUUUUCCUCAUCACCCUCACCAUCAUCCUCCAUGUCUUCUUCACAGCCCGAUCAUCUUGAUGACGAUGUGUCAUUAAUGCAGCCUUUUGGGAGCUACAGCGAACCACUUCCUAUGCUAUACGAUUCAUGGUACAACUUUGAAGAUCUGCAAUCGCCCAAGUUUCUCGAUCAAAUGUUCAAUCCACCAACGAUGACACUGGAUGAUUUUUUCGAAGGUGAUAUUCAUCUAUGGAGUUUUGCAGAAUAGUUGUUCGAAAUAUCAUCAAAUCCAAAGAUUUUUAAGGCCAACCGAUUUCAUUCUUUUGUCCAUUAAUUCAUAUAUAUAUAUAUAUAUAUACAUCUUCUGUUGCUUCAAGACAUUACUGACAAAGUGACCUACUAGUUCAUAUGCUAGUGUAUUGAUUUAGGAGAGAACAGAGACUCACAUGGGGCAGGAAACAUUUUUUUGGACUCUCUUAUGUGGGUUCUCAUAUAUAUAUAUAUAUUGAAAUUUUUAUGUACUAUCAAAUUAUUCAAAGUGUGGCUGUACUAUGUUUGCAUUGUAAUUGAAUAAGAUUAAAGGUGGGAAAUUAUUUUUUUUAA